CCAGAUGGUGUGUAUAUAAAGUGGAAAAUGAGAAAAGCCAUUUACUGUGUUCCUGUUCCAGGGAGAAUUAUCACCCAGAAGGACAGCAGAAGAGGAAAAAGACUCCAACAACAAUGCUGAGGUUUGCUGUCAUCCUCUUUGCUGUCACAAUGUCAUCUACCUGCCAAAAAUAUGGAUGUCUGGAAGGAGACACCCACAAACCGAAGCCAAGUCCUGAGCCAAAUAUGCAUGAAUGCAGUCUGUACUCUAAAUCUUCCUGUUGCUAUGCAGACUUCACAGAGCAACUGGCUUCUUCUCCGGUAAUUAAAGUAAACAACAGCUACUGGAACAGAUGUGGGCAGCUCAGUAAAUCCUGUGAAGAUUUCACAAAGAAAAUUGAGUGCUUUUACCGCUGUUCUCCUCAUGCUGCUCACUGGAUCGAUUCCAACGACACUGCUGCUGUUCAGUCUGUUCCACUGUGCCAAAGCUUUUGUGAUGACUGGUAUGAAGCCUGCAAAGAUGAUUCCAUAUGUGUUCGUAACUGGCUGACAGACUGGGAAUGGGAUAAAAGUGGAAAAAACCACUGUAAGAAUGAAUGUAUUCCAUACAGUGAGAUGUAUGUAGAUGGAACUGACAUGUGCGAGACCAUGUGGGGAGAGUCAUUUAAGGUGAGCGAAUCCUCCUGCCUCUGCUUGCAAAUGAACAAGAAGGACACGAUGGCAAUCAAGUAUAUCCUCUCCGAAAGCUCAGAGGAAAGCUCCAGUAUCAGCAGCAGUGAGGAGCGUGCCUGCCAAAAGAAACUCCUGAAGUUUGAGAAACUAGAGGGAGAGGAGAGGGAACAGAUAAGAUAAAUGCUGAUGGAUGUAUGUUAGGACAAAAGAAAUCAUCGUGGAGGCUGGGCUUAGGGCACCACACCAGCCUGUCUUAUCCCUUACUUCCUAGAACAUAAUAAA